AUGCCGACUGUUCCCCUUAAAGAGAUAGGACAGAGAGAAUUUAGACUAGGACAGAGAGAAUUUAGGCUAGGACAGAGAGAAUUUAGACUAGGACAGAGAGAAUUUAGACUAGGACAGAGAGAAUUUAGACUAGGACAGAGAGAAUUUAGGCUAGGACAGAGAGAAUUUAGACUAGGACAGAGAGAAUUUAGACUAGGACAGAGAGAAUUUAGACUAGGACAGAGAGAAUUUAGACUAGGACAGAGAGAAUUUAGACUAGGACAGAGAGAAUUUAGACUAGGACAGAGAGAAUUUAGACUAGGACAGAGAGAAUUUAGACUAGGACAGAGAGAAUUUAGACUAGGACAGAGAGAAUUUAGACUAGGACAGAGAGAAUUUAGACUAGGACAGAGAGAAUUUAGACUAGGACAGAGAGAAUUUAGACUAGGACAGAGAGAAUUUAGACUAGGUUUAAAAGUCUUGAAUUGA